AGCCGUUGCCGGUGUGUCCAUAGUUGUGUCACUAGGGCCCGUUCCCAUUGUACAGACCCUGUCCUAGCCUCCAGAGCACGGCUUCUGCGCAGCUGUGAAAGCACGGCAGUGCAGACAUUGGCGAAGAAUAGCAUUGGAGAUGAUGGAGAUUGUGGAGGUUCGAUCAUGUUUGGAUGGCCAGGAGGUUGAUUCCGUUUGCAUGCAGCGUGAUGAGAUGCGCAAUUUGCCGGACAUGGCCUUGGAUGUCAUCUUCCAACGGGUGGAGCAGGCGCUUCAUGGUCAACCCAUCAGGAGACUGGCUUAUGCGGAUGAGGAUGGCGAUCUGUGCACCUUGACCGUGCCGGGCCUUCUGGAUGCCUUAGAUUUAUGCUCUGGGCUGAUGCUCCUGCGGGUGAUGCUGGACGACGAUGCCUCCGCCGGUUGGGGUGCGCCGGUUCCUCUAACCGGUGCCGACUUGGUGAGUGAGCUACUGUGGCGAGUGAAGGGUCUGGACCUGAAGGUGGUCUGGCAUCGAGUUGGGGAAGAGGGCUUGGAGCUGCUCUCCCAACUCCAAAGCCACUGGCAGGAGGACUGGUCGAAGUUGAUUCAUCCACUGGAUGCCCUGGCCUCCGGGUACCGCUUCUCGGAUGCACAGCUGACGACCUGGGCUCAGCUCGCUCUGGAGCUCUACCGCGCCAUGGAGCCAGCCCUGCAGCAGCAGGUGUUGGACUUCACCCAAAAGUCACUGGAACGCGUGGCGCGCGAAGAAGUCCCCACGCUGAACCACGUGCAGCCUUGUGCACGCUGUGGUCUUUGUGUCUCCGUGGGCCAGUGUUGCGCCUUCUGUGCACAAGAGGCGCCAAAUGGAGUGGAGGAAAAAGACUUGCUGCUUCUUGGUGAAGCCCCUGUGGAAGCGGAGCCUAAGCCUGCUGAGAUGGAGGCACCAGGGCCGGGAGAAGUUCAUGGUCUUGACAAUCCUCCACAGGCCUCCAGUGCCCCCCCACAACCUGGAGUGGCCUCCGCUGCUUUGGUGGCGCUUCUGCAGCACCCAGAUCCAGUGGUCCGUGCGGCGGCAGAGGCUGCCGCUGCGGCCGCCGCGGACGAUGCUUCUUCAGACGACGCUUCUUCGGACGACGCAGAUUCGGAGCUGUCGACGUGGGAGAUGGUGCGUGGUGAGGCUGAGGGACCUGAGCUCAUGGGGUCCUUGGUGACACCUGGGCGCCCUAGGCGGUUCGUGUAGAGGGUAGGGGAGGCUUUAGAUGAGAGGAUGAGAGUUCAUGAUUGGAAGCUGG